AUGGCGCCUCCCGGGAAGCCAAACAAAGAUAAGCGCAAGGCGAAGACGUCCAAGCGUCUCACAGCGAGCGCGCGCGUUGACCUAGAGAUUACCGAACUCGAAGAAAUCAUAGAAGAGACGAAACCAAAGCCCGGUGAGAAUCCGCUCGCGGUGACGCCGCGGAAGAGCAGCGAUGGCGCAAACGAGAUGUCACUCACGGGCGUUCGUAAAUUCAUCCAUCUACCGCUGUCGUCAUCGACGAAAUCGGCGUUGAAGGAGUGUAAGUUUAAGGAGAUGACGGCGAUACAGCGUGCGACGCUUCCGCACGCUUUGUGCGGACGGGACGUGUUGGGGGCGGCGAAGACGGGGUCGGGGAAGACGCUCGCGUACGUGAUACCUUUGGUAGAGUUGCUGUGGCGGAAGAAGUGGGGGCGGCAGGACGGCGUGGGAGGGAUCGUGAUAUCGCCGACGCGGGAGCUGGCGAUUCAGAUUUUUCAGUGUUUGACGCGCGUCGGGGCGAGACACAGCAUGUCGGCCGGGUUGUUGAUCGGUGGUAAGGACGUGAGUGAGGAGGCGAACAGGGUAAAUAAGAUGAAUAUCUUGGUGUGCACGCCGGGGAGAUUGCUGCAGCACAUGGACGAGACGCCGCUGUUUGAUUGCGUCGGGUUGCAAAUGUUGGUCCUGGACGAGGCGGAUCGCAUGUUGGAUUUAGGUUUCGCGAAGACGCUGAACGCGAUCAUAGAGAAUCUCCCUAAGAAACGGCAGACACUUUUGUUCAGUGCAACGCAGACGAAGAGCGUAAAGGACCUAGCGCGUCUUGGGUUGAAGGAUCCCGAGUACCUCUCUGUGCACGCGGAGAGCGUGCACGCGACGCCGCCAAAGUUACAGCAAAUGUACACCACGUGCGCCUUGGAGAAGAAGAUUGAGGUGCUUUGGUCGUUCAUCCGCACGCACUUGAACGCGAAGACGCUUGUGUUCUUUUCCAGUUGCAAGCAGGUGAAAUUCGUGUACGAGAUUUUCAAGCGCAUGCGACCCGGGGUACCGCUGCAGUGCAUUCAUGGACGCUUGAAACAGGCUCGACGGCAAGGCGUAUUUUACAACUUUUGCAACUCCAAGGAGACAGUGUUGUUCGCCACCGAUGUCGCCAGUCGCGGAUUAGACUUUCCAGCUGUGGACUGGGUCGUCCAGGCGGAUUGCCCGGAGGAUGUCGCGACGUACAUUCACCGCGUGGGGAGAACGGCUAGAUACACCGCCGCCGGAAAAGGUUUGCUGAUGCUCACUCCCGGCGAGUCUCACUUCGUGAAGGAGCUCGAGCAGGCAAAGGUACCGCUGAAACCGAUCAAAAUAAACCCCAAGAAGCAGUCGUCUCGUAUUCAGAGCUCUAUGCAAGGACUACUCUCGAAGGAUUCGGAUCUGAAGUACUUGGCGCAGCGUGCUGUGGUUUGCUACCUGCGUUCUGUCCAUCUGCAGAAGAACAAAAAAGUUUUCGACGUCAAAUCCAUCGAUGUCGACACUUACUCGUUUUCCAUGGGGUUACCUAACGCCCCGCGAUUGCGAUUCUUGCAGCAAGGCAAAACCGAGGGCGGCGAAGAGGGCUCGUCCGAGGACGAUGAAGAUGACGAAGACGACGUCAACCCGGCUGGUCGUGAUGAGAUGGAACAUGACGACGACAACGAGUCCUCUGACGACGAUUCCGACGACGACGACGAUUCUGACGACGACGAAGAUGACUAUUCCGAGGAGGAUGAAGAUGACGAAGACGCGCCGGUACGACCAAAGGAGGGCGUCAUUCAACGCAGAGGCGGUGGCAGGUUCGGCCUCGUCGUUGAGCAAGGCGACGAUGACGAUGAUGAUUUCCUCAACGUGAAACGUGCUGAUCACGCCCUCGGAGAUAGCGACUCCGAAGACGAGAAGAAGUAUGACGCCGACUCGAAGGCUGCGGACAUCGCGCGUAAGCGUGCUCUCAAGGGUAAACUUAAGAUAAAGGAUGGCGGGCAUGGCGCGAACAAGCGCUUUGUGUUCGACGAAGACGGUACCACAAUGGCACCGCUUGCGGCGCUCGGAGUGAAGAGUGGUGUCGAAGACGUGAGCGCUCCGGGCGAGAACCUGCGAGCGGCUGUCAAAGCACGAUACGCAGAGGUCGCCGCUGAGCGGAAAGAGGCCGACAGAGUCGACAAGGGUCGCGAGAAGGCGCGCCUUCGAGAGAGCAGACAGCGCAAAAAGCAAAAGCUUAAGAACGCCGAGGACGAGGCAGAAGGCGCCGUGGCCACCCUGGGAGGAGGCUCGGAGUCCGAGUACGAAUCCGAAUCCGAAGAGCCGCGCGAGGUACCUCGUAAGAGAAACGUGAUCGAUCCUGCCGUCGCUGGCAUGGCGUCGACCAAUCUGGAAUCACUCGAGGCACGCGCACUUCGUUUGCUCGAAUCGUAG